AUGUUUAAACAUAUUUUAGUUUUAGCUUUGGUUGAAACUCCAAAGAAAACUUUGGUUCUUAUUUCCGAAUUGCUAAAUGGACUUUUAACUUUGAAUCCAACUACCUACUACCCAACUUCCUACAAUCCAACUUCCUACUACCCAACACUUAGUCCAACAACUUAUUAUCCAACCACAUACUACCCAACUACUUUUAAUCCGACUACUUACUACCCAACUACUUUUAAUCCAACUACCUACUAUCCAACCACUUUCAAUCCAACAACUUACUAUCCACCAACCACAUACUACCCAACUACUUUUAAUCCGACUACUUACUACCCAACUACUUUUAAUCCAACUACCUACUAUCCAACACUUAAUCCUACUACCUACUAUCCAACAUUUAGUCCAACCACCUACAACCCUUAUACUGCUCUAAGUACACUUCAUCCAGGUCCAUCAUCGGUCGGCACUAGUUCAUCUGCUCAAUCAUCUGCCCAAUCAUCGGUUGGUACUGGUUCAGGAACUGGUCCAAGAUCUUAA